AUGAAAUUAAAAAUCCAAAUUGAUUCAGUUAAAAGUCAGAUAGAUAUUUUAGAAAUGAUGCUCAAAAAUGCUCGUCAUCAAUUAAACUCAUUACAAGCGAAAUACAAUGCAACAAGUGUUCAAACAAUUCCAAAUGAAAUUAUUAAAGAGAAACUAAUACUUAAAGUAUUAAUUAAGGGAGAAGAAAGUGAGAAAUGGGUUGAAUGUGGAAUUGAUGAACCUGAGAAAGAAAUUCAGUUAUUAGUAGAAAAUGAUGGUAUCAAUGAAGAAAUGAAAGGACAAUUAUUGAGAUAUAUCUCAGAUUUCAAACAGAAGAAUAAUUUAUAA